AUGGCACCAAAUCAUAAACUCAACCCUCUCACCUCUUCCUACUUUAUCCGAAAAGGAGGUUUUCAACUCGCCAUCUUUGGCGCUGCUGCUUUUGGUUCCUUGUUGGUUGGAACUACCUAUUCUUCACAACAAGGAAAAUCCUUCACGGAUGCUCGUGUGAAUCAAGACUCGACUAAUUUCCAUCAAAAACAUUGUGCAAGACCAGGAGACCAAAAGGAUUAUUUGUUUAUUGAUUAUUCACCCAAUGUUUAUCACAUGGUGUCUAAGAAGGAAUAA